GAAGGUGGGAGCUCUCGUGGAAAUGCAACUUCUGCGUAAACUCAACCUGAAAUACUUUUAGGAAUGUUUUUUGUCUAAAUUUCCUGUGCUGCAAGCUCUAAGGGAACAUGCGGCGCUGACACCGGCCUGCGGACGCCUCCAGCCAGCCUGGGCUACGAAUGGAGGAGCUGCUGGCUCAGCUAGCGCGCGAUGCCGGGGCGGAACGGCGCGCCGACAUCCGCCUUCUGGCCGACCAGGCGCGCAACUUUACUGAAUCGCAGCAUGGCCUGUUGCGCGACCCGCCGUGGGAGCUCCGUUCCAAGUGUCUGGAGGCGCUGGGCUCGGCGCUGCACAGUGGCAGCGGCAAACUUGGCACGCUCGCCAUACAGGGACUGCAGAGAAUGCUCCGUGACGACCGGUUCGCGGCCCCGUUCGAGAGCGACGACGAGUCUCGAUGGCUAACCACCCAGCUGCUGGAUUCACUGCCGUCGCUGGCAACGCUCGACGAUAACGCACAGGUCGAAAUAAUGCGGGUACUGCUGAGCGCCGCGUGUCAGAGCUGGUGGGUGGCCAGCAGCGCGCUGGUGGUUCGCCUGCUGACGCUCUGCUUCCAGCUGUGCUCGAGGACACCCUGCCCGCCCACGGUUGCCACGGCCGCGCAGGCCGCCGCCUGCCAGGCAGUCCGCGGCUUUGUCGCCAUUCUUGACGAGAGCUACGAGAGUGAGAUGGCGGAGGGCCCGGCCGGAGGCGGGGACGGCCUGUCGCCGGCCGACGUGUACCAGGACAUCGUACCCGUGUGCGGCUACCUGUGCUCCCAGCUGCAGGCCUUCGCCGACAAACGGUCGGCCGGCGCGGGUCUGCAGCUGCUGCUGAGCACGCUGAACGCGCUGCUGACGGCGCUGCCGGCGGCCCGCGCCCACCAGUGCGCGCCGCUGCUGGAGCAGACGUGGCGCCACCUGACGCCGGCUCUGGUCUGCCUGCUUGGCUCGCCGACCACCGAGCGGGUGGGCAGUCACGGGCCGGCCGGCGAGUCUCAGCUGGCCAGGGGCUCCGGCGGCCUCACACAGCAGCCAUCACUGCCGGCCGCCGAGGCGCGUACCAUAUUCAGCAUCUCCGUUCAGCUGGUGCGGCUACUGGGUGCCGUGGCCUCGGUACGCCCGGCCCUGGAGGCGCUGUUCCACAGAAUGCUGCUCUACCCGCCGCCGCAGCACCGGGACGACGCCCUCCGAGUCGUCAAACAGGUGCUUCAGACUCCGGAGCUGCUGCUGGCCUUCUGUGGCCCAACACUGGUCCACCAGGAACCCAGCGCCAAACACGUACCCGUCAACGAUCUAUCACUGCUACAGAUCACGAUCGACUCGAUCAUGGAGUGCAGCUCGCUGCCGGAGCCAUCAGCCACACACACGGGUGUGAGCUGCUGCGUGGCGCUGCUGCAGUCUCUGGAGGCGCUCUGCGAGGGGCGGCACGUGUCGACCGAGUACGCUCAGCGCGUCAACUCGCUCUACGCCAGGCUCGAGGAGGCCGACUACCAAGGUCCUGUAACGUACGGCGGUGCGGAGCUGGCUGGUCCGAGGGGUCACAGCCACACACCGUCGCCCGCUGACUCAGAGUCCGAUGACUCGGGUGACACCGAGGGCCCUGAGACGAGCGACUCAGAUGAACAGGACGCGGGACAGCUGAGCCCCGAUGCGGAGCACCGCCGUCGGAGACAGGAGGAGGAGAUCUGCCGACUGGAGCGGCUGCGCGGCGGACGGCCAACGCAGCUCCAGCACUACGACUGUUCGAGUGAGCAGGAGCGGCGUCACUGCCGCCAUUUCGUGCAGACUCUGCGCGCCCUGCUGCCCUCCCUGCUAGCCAUCCGCAGCUGCCUGGAGGUCGACAGGGCCGUCCAGGAGUUCGCCUCCAAAUACUGUGACGGUCUGUACAGCUCCCAGUCGGAUCUGAGCCGCACCGACCCGCACCAGCUGAUGAUCAUUAACGCCGACGGCGUGUAUCUGGCCUGCUACGCGGCGCUGCUGCUCAACCUGAAGCUGAUUCGCAGCGGCUACUACAGCGGACAGACGGCGGCGCUUACCGUUACCGAGUCUGAGUUUGUGGAGGACGUACUGGGCAGCGGCGUGCUGGUCUACCUGAGCACCAGCUGGCUGGCCGAGCUGUACCAGCAGGUGGUGCACUGUGACCUGCUGCACCAGGCCGGAUACACCGACCGCGGCGCCAGCCUCAUCAGUCUCAUCACCGACCUGGACGGUCUGGGCAGCGUCGAGCCGGGCAGCCAGCUACUCUCCGACUACCGGCGCCUGGAGCGGGCGGCCUCCAACGUGGACCGGGACCCGGCCGUCGAGGCAGGUGUGAAGCUGGCCCGCCGGGUGCUGACGGCCUGCUGGGACCCGCUGCUGGAACUGCUCUCGGCGCCGCUCUCCGGACCGGCGACUGGUCGGCGGCGGCGGACUCAGGCGCUGCAGAGACAGGCGGCCGGCGCGGCGCUGGACGGUCUGCAGCGCGCCGCCCGGCUCAGCAACGCCACCGGUCUCCAGGUGCGCUGCGGCUCCGUGUUCAGUUUUCUGACGGCCGCCUCGUGCACUGAGAGUGACGGUGAGGCCGAGUCGGCUGGCCGCUCCCGGCGCCGGCCGCGACUGCCGCUCGUCGGUCAGGCGCCCGUGCAGCUGCACGCGGCACACGUUCUCAGUAUGGAGGUCAUCCUGAGCAACGGGCUCGACCUGGGCAGCCACAGCGCCGACUGCUGGCCGCACAUCUUCAGGUGCGUCCUGUACCUGGGAGCUCUGGAGCGGCGGCUGUUCUCUGACCGCGGUGGCGGCUCAGCCGGCUCCAGUUCCACCCUCCCUCCGCCGACGCGACACGAUGCGGACGCGUUGCGGCUGACGUUCGGCCGACCGGAGGAGGACGAGUCGCUCUGCGGCGACACGUACGGCUACCUGGCCAGCUCUCACGGCCCGGCGCCGGACACUGUGGACAUAGCCGCCCUGGUGCACGAGUCCGGCGCCGACGACCGGCACGGCGGCGUGCUGCCCGCCCCCUUCGCAGCGCGAGCCGUCAGCGGACUCACGCAGAUGGCUGACAGGCUGUUCAACGACGCCGCGCACAAGCUGAACCUCUCCUCACUGCUGAGUUUCCUGCGCGAGCUGUGCCGCGCUUCCCAGCGGCAGCUGUUCGCCGUGCCGGCCCCGGCCCCGGCGCCGGCCUUCUGGCGGCGGCGGGGCCGGCGCGCGCCGGACGCGGCCGGCGAGCAGUGCGCCGCGCUGCUGCUCACGCGGCUCGGCGACGUGCUGCUGAAGGUGGUCGGAUCCGGCCGGCCGCUGGUGCACCUGAUGCGCGCCUGGCCCAUCGUCGGACACCACCUGAUGGAGGCGGCGUGCCACAAGGACCUGGCAGUCUCGAAGAAAGCGGUCUCGUGUAUCCAUGACGCUGUGAACGCGAUACUGGGCUCACAGCUGGAGCUGCCCCACUACCACAUCAACGAGGCGCUGUUCAAGCCGCUCGAGACGCUGCUGUGCCUCGAGCUCUGCGACACGGACGUGCAGGAUCAGAUCGUGGGCUCGAUCUGCGAGUUUGUCGAGGUGAGCACCUCAGAGAUCCGCAGCGGCUGGCGGCCGCUGUUCGGCGCGCUCUGCUCGGUCCGCUCUGCCGCCUCUGCCGGCCACGUGCGCGCCGUGCUGGACGUCUUCGAGGCGUUCCUCGACACCCACAACGUACUGGUGUUCGCCAACGCUGCCGUCGACUGCAUCAUGUGCCUGCUGAAACACGUCCGAGGGCCGCCCGAGCUCCGAGACGGCGAGGAGCCCGAACAGGUGAUCGAGCUGGGUGCCCUGGAUGACGACUCGCGCGACCUGGGCCUGGCGGCGCUCCGCUACAUCGCGCGCUGCCACGCCAUCCUGGCCUCCAUGCACGGAAUGCGCAACUGUCCGGUGUUCCACGCAGCGCACAGGAUCCAGCUGAACACGGUACCUCUGACGGUGGACCCGGUGUUUACGGACGAGUUCAGUACGGACCCGGACGUGGACCCGGACCCGGACUGUGAGCUGGACCCGGACCGUGUGUCGCCCGUCACCUACGAGCGUCUGGCCGUGGAGGGCGGCGUCACAGAGCUGCAGGAGCUGGAUAACGCCAGUGGUAUCCUGCGCGUGUGGUACCUACUGCUGGAGGGUCUGGCCGGCGCCACGGCCACCUGCGCGCGACGCCACCAGCCGCAGACCAUGGAGACGCUCUUCUCGCUUCUGCGGUCGCUGGCCGACCAGCCAGGCGCCGAGUUCGGUAUCUACUGCGUGAACCACCUGCUGCUGCCGAUGAUGCAGGGCUGGCUGCGCAGUACGAGCCGGCGUCACGGCGGCUGGAGCAGUUUCGCCACCAACUUCAAACAGUGCGGCGGCAUGGCCACCGACCUGGUGGUCUUCUACCUCACCCGCGUGCCAGCUGGCGCGUCCGAGCGGCACCAGGCCGGUGUUGACCUGAUGCUGCGCCAGCUGCUCCUGGUCAUGAUCGAGUGCGCCUGUCAGCCGCACGAAGUCGUCUCCCGGCUGGGCUGCGCCUGCAUCAGGCACGUGGCGCUGUCGGCCGGCGCCGGCGGCCUCUGCGGCGAACAGCGCUGGCAGCCGGUGGUGACGGCGCUCCACCGGGCGCUGGCGCUGACUCUCCGGCCGCUCCGGCGGCUGAUGGCCGCCUUCCGAGUCGACUCUGAGAACUUUUACGGCGACCUGGGCCGGGUGAAGGUGGCCGCGCGGCGCGACUGUACCGGCCGAGACAGUGACCGGCUGCGACAGCUGGCACAUCAGGUGUUCCUGCUGGACGGCCAGCGUCCGCCGGUGCUGGAGACCAGCGAGAACCCGGACGCCGAGGACCGCUCCUACGUGUUCCUGCUGUUCGGCUCUGACGAGGGAGACGAGAGCCCGGCGCGCGUGCCGCUCCGUCACCUGGCCGUGGGCCUGCUGGCGCACCAGGUGCUGCUACAGACGGUGGGCGCCAUCCUGCUGCACGGAUCCCCACACCUGGUGCCCAGUCUGGCGAACGUCCUGUCCCCGGUGGGCUCGGCCGGUCAGUCUCCGUGCGGCGGCUCUACUCCCGGCGCGCUGCCCGGCUUCCUGCAGCAGCUGAGCCCCCACCAGGUGACCACUCUGAUGGACGCCCUGGAGGGCUCUCAGCGCGCGGCGGUCGCCUUCGACAGCCGGCCGGGCCUCAAGUUCCUGGUGCAGAAGGUGUGUGGAAUGGAGCGGGCGGCCAACCUGUACGGCCAGGCGGGCGCCGGCUGGACGCUGCGCGCCGUCACUGCCCUGCACCUGGCCGUGGCGGAGGCGGGCGGCGCGCACCUGACCCAGCUGCGGGCCCUGCUCACCGACUGCUGCCAGCGCUACUGCCAGAUCGUGCGGCACGCCGACGGCCCGGAGGUCGACGGCGCCGCCCACCAGCCCGUGUUCUUCCUGCUGGCGCAGGGUGACGACUAUCCGGGCGGCAGCGGCGGUCCGCCGGAGCCGCCGCCGCAGCCCGUCCAGGCCGGGUCGCCGCUCGCCGGCCCUCCGAAACCGUUCUGUUUCGCUGACCUGGCUCGGACCCUGGAGUCGGACCCGGCGGCGGGCGAUGGGGCCGAGCCUGGCGCCGAGUCGGAGCCGCCGCCGGAGUCUCCCGACUGCUCCGAUCACGAGGAGGACGUGCCGACCGACUCUGGCGUGGCCGACUCUGACGACCAGGUGUACAGCGUGGUGACCGACCAGCAGCUCUCCAGCCUCAUCGGCCAGUACAAGAGGCGCAAACCGGCGCGCUCGAUGCCGCUGGUGGCGGCGGCCGGCCGGAGGAACCCGUUCCUGGCCGGACGGGCGGCCGCCGCGCAGGGGACCUCCGAGCCAGUGCCGCCCGAGAUCGAACAGCAGCGCCGCACCAGCCUCAUCAAGGACAGCGAGGCGCAGCAGCGCGUAUGGACCGAGAUGGUUGUCUCGAUGCUGGAGCUGGUGGCUCGCCAGUCGGACUCCACGCUGCGCCUCCUGCUGCCGGCCGUGCACCCCAGUGUGCGCACGCUGACCGCCCACGCCGCCGAGCCGGCGCUGCGCCAGGCCCUCGCCGAGUUCUUCCAGCGCGUCGGCACCGCCUACGGGUUCGCCGACGACGACGACGAGUAAAGGCGAGUGGAGACGAGUUGAGGACGCCUCUCAGGUGACCACUCAGAUCUCUAACGGUCUGUAACACUAUGUACAUUCCUACCAGAAUAUCCGCAAUUGCGCUUUACCCCGUUGGAUGUAGAUGUUUAUGAGCAAACAACAUUUCCUCGUACCGGUAAUGUUUCUGUUUAUGAGAUGACCUUUUGUCCAUGACCGUUAGGAGCUGUUGUGAGUGAUUAUAUACCUAGUCAAGAGACAACAAAACCGUUAUUUUACGUAGUCUGCGUCUUUAGUCAGUUACCUCGAAUCCAGUGACGUCAGCAGGCUCAACAUCCUGGAACUGAAUGGUAAAGCCUAUCUAAGGACAGUCAUAUGUGAUGACAAAGAAACGUCGCUGAAUCAGGGAAUGCAGGAUGUGAACAGAUUGUCAGUAGUCAUCAGUCUCUGUGUGAGCUCUGGAAAAGAGCUCUGAUGCAUCGACAGUAAUGAGUAAAGACUCCGCUCGUAGAAAACAGCGAAACUUCUACACUCGUAGAAGACAGCGAAACUUUUACUAUUGGACGUCCAGAGCAGACCUGACGCGACGGGCUCGCAGCCUGACUGCAUCUUUGUGCAAUGUGCUUUGUUGUUGCUCUCAGGGUUGUGCUUGACUCAUGAGUCGAGUCAAAAAUUUGACUCAACUCUGACUCAAAUGAGUCAGAUUUGAGUCGAAUCGGAUAAAUUUUUGAGCUGUUGAGUUGAGUCAGAGUUGAGUCGGACAAAAAUAUUUAGGCGUUGAGUUGAGUCAGAGUUGAGUCAGUAAAAUAACUUUUGACAUUGAGUUGAGUCAAACAUUUAGGAACAUGAGUCAGCUGACUCAACUUUCCAGAAACAAGCUUUCCAUUCCCCACCCCCGCUUCCCUGACCCUGUUGCCGGACUUUUUCACCCCCCUCCCCCCGCUCAAGAGCUUUUUUUAUCAGUCAAUUUUGAGUCAACUCACUUGACUCAACAAAAAAUUUGAGUCAAGUUUGAGUCGACUCAUAUUUUCAUUGAGCCGCUUGAGUCAUGAGUCGAGUCAAGGGAAAAAAUCAGCUCCUUGUUUGAGUCAGAGUUGAGUCAGGGCUUUCUGAGGUUGAAUGAUGAGUCGAGUCGGUAAAUUUUUUUGAGUCGAGCACAAUCCUGGUUGCUCUUUUGUGUCGCCAUUUGAUAUAUUGCUUUCAUAUUUAUUAUAUGUUUUGCUGAGGGCGAUAGAUAAGCCCCAUGAGCCAUUCCGAUAUGCUUAGUGCUAGUUUGGCACGUUUAGUCGCCACAGUCAAGCCACAUCGAUUCUCAGGAAUUUAUAGUUCAUUGAUUAUCUAGUCAGAUAUAUGAAUGUUGUAUUUUCGCUGAACAAAGUGCAUCGAUGUGCUAGAGUCUGCAUUGAGCGACGUGCAUGCAUGAAAUAUUAGCGUCCUAUUGCGGUGCAGCUCUUUAUUUGCCCAUUUGUGUUGUGUGGGUUAUGUUGUGCGACUUGUUUCGCAGCUCUGUGUGCAAUAUGUUGUGCUGUGUGCUAUAUCCAUUAUACGGUCGCUGUUUCCCCUAAUCUGCAAUGACUGUGUUGUUGGCCGUAUGUUCCUUGUUCUUUGCCGACUGCGCUGCUGUGUGUUAGGUGUUCUGUUGUGCUAUGUCGAAGUCUAUCGUUGUAUCUCUCGAGGCGAUGUGCGGCAGAGUCUCAAUGCGAGUGUCUCCCCUGCUGCCUUUUGAGAACCCAGCCGUGCUCUCGCUACCAGCCGGCAGAAGCCAUUCCUCCCUUCCCUGUACCACAUUCCAGGCACGGUGGUCGCCACUACUGGAGAUGCCUAUGCCUAUCUGCCCUGAUGUAUUUGUGAUAUACACCAAAAAUAUUGUUAAUCGAUGUUUGAUGGGCUGCUAUUUUGUCUCUGGAAUUAUUGAAUAAAAAAUUACAAUGCC